UAGACUUCAGCAAACAUGAGUUCCAUUAGUCUGAGUGCAAAGGUAGCACCACCCUCUCUACAAAAUCCUCCUCCAUCAGUAGAGACACCUUCUUCUGGAAACAGCAAGGGGACUGAGGCCAGACGGACAGCAGGUAAAGGAAAGGAAGAUACCAUGGCAACUGCUGCAGAUCAGAGUGUGGAGUUUGUGCGAACAGGCUAUGGCAAGAACACAGUGAAAGUGCUGGUCAUCAGGAGACAGGGGAGGCACCACUUCAUCAUCGAGCUGAAGGCUGACGUGGAGCUUACACUCAGAUCACGCAAGGAUUAUCUAACUGGAGACAACUCAGACAUCAUCCCCACUGACACCAUCAAGAACACUGUCCAUGCCCUGGCCAAGAUCAAGGGGGUAAAGAACAUCGAGCAGUUUUCCCUGGACAUCUGCAAUCAUUUCCUGACCUCUUUCAACCAUGUGCUGAGGGCCAAGGUUUACAUGGAGGAGGCUCCGUGGAGAAGGCUGGAGAAGAAUGGGGUGGAACAUGCUCAUGCAUUUAUCUUCAGCCCAGAGGCUUGCCGCUUCUGCGAUGUUGAACAGAAUCUCAAUGGUAUCCCAGUGGUUCACAGUGGAGUGAAGAACAUGAAGGUGCUUAAAACCACCCAGUCUGGUUUUGAGGGUUUCCUCCGAGACCGCUUCACUACUCUGCAAGAGACCAAAGACAGGUGUUUCUGCACUUCCGUCUAUGCGAGGUGGUGCUACAACACGGUUCGGGAUGUCAACUUUGACGCUGCAUGGAAGUGUGUGAAGGAGACAAUUAUUGAGAAGUUUGCUGGCCCCUACGACAUGGGAGAGUUCUCACCUUCUGUGCAGAAGACUCUUUAUGACACACAGGUUCUGGUCCUGAAAAGAAUUCCUGAGGUGGAUGACAUAGAGAUUGUCAUGCCCAACCAGCAUUAUUUCACCAUAGACAUGACGAAAAUGGGUCUGACCAACAAAGAUGAAGUACUUCUUCCCCUGGAUAACCCCUCAGGGAACAUCACAGGGACCGUGCGCAGGAAACAGCAAGCUAAGCUGUGAAGACACCGACAUGAAUCCAGAAAAUACUGUUGCUGCGAUCAGCAUAUCAAAGCUAUUUAAGGGACAAGUCAAUAUCACAUCAUGAAAUUCUGAAAAACAAAAACAGCCUUUUAAGUAUUUUUGUCAUAAUUACAACUACAGCUCAAGAUUUCCCAAAGCUUUUGACCAUGUAAGGUGAAUGUAUAAUAAAAUUAAAGAAAACCACUACCAACAAA